UGAUUGGAAGCUAUUCUAAGAAACGUUGGUCCGGCAAGGGAGCCCAGCUUCAGGGAGGAAAUAGGAGGGACACAGGAAGGGAUAGGAAGGGACUAAUGAAGGGAUCGGUUCUGUGGGGAGCCCUUGGUGGUUAACACCUGGGACUUGUCCCAGUUCAGACUCUCAUUCCUCAAAGAACCGGUUUCAGUUCCAGCCAUGCUAGCUGCUGCGGGUUCCCUGGUGGCUGCUGUCUGGGCUGCGCUCCAUCUCAGGACUCUGUUGCUGGCUGCUGUCACCUUUCUGUUUUUGGCUGACUACCUCAAAAAUCGGCACCCCAAGAACUACCCACCGGGUCCGAGGGGUCUGCCCUUCGUGGGCAGCAUUUUCCAGCUGGACUUUGAGAAGCCCCACCUCUCAAUACAGCCGUUUGUGAAGAAAUAUGGGAACAUUUUUAGCCUGAAUCUUGGUGAUGUAAAUUCAGUAAUGAUAACUGGACUCCCCUUAAUCAAAGAAGUCUUUACUCACAUGGAAGAAAACAUUUUGAAACGCCCUAUCACUCGUACCCGAGAACGUAUCUCUAGUAACAAUGGAUUGGUCUUCUCCAGUGGCCAGACAUGGAAGGAGCAAAGAAGGUUUGCUCUGAUGACCCUGAGGAACUUUGGGUUGGGAAAGAAGAGCUUAGAGCAGCGUAUGCAGGAGGAAGCCCAAUACCUUGUGGAGGCCAUAAAAGAGGAGAAAGGACAGCCUUUUAACCCUCACUUCAGCAUCAACAAUGCAGUUUCCAAUAUCAUUUGCUCUGUCACUUUUGGGGAGCGCUUUGAGUACCAUGACAGUCAGUUUCAGGAGAUGCUGAGGCUACUGGAUGAGUCCACGUGUUUGGAGGCAUCAAUGACGUGCCAGCUCUACAAUAUUUUUCCAUGGAUAAUGAAAUAUCUUCCUGGAUCACACCAGACACUUUUCAGAAACUGGGAAAAACUGAAAUCAUUUGUUUCUUCUAUAAUUGACAAUCACCGGCGAGACUGGAAUCCUGAUGAGCCAAGAGACUUCAUUGAUGCUUUCCUCACGGAAAUGACAAAGUACCCAGAGAAGACUACAAGUUUCAAUGAAGAAAACCUCAUCACGAGUACUCUGGACCUCUUCUUUGCUGGAACAGAGACAACAUCCACGACCCUGCGCUGGGCUCUGCUCUUCAUGACUCUCUACCCAGAUGUCCAAGAAAAAGUACAGGCUGAGAUUGACAGAGUGAUUGGCCAGAAGAGACAGGCAAGCCUGGCGGACCGAGAGUCCAUGCCCUAUACCAAUGCUGUCGUCCAUGAGGUGCAGAGAAUGGGUAACAUCCUCCCUGUGAAUGUUCCCAGGGAAGUGUCAAAGGACACCAGUUUGAAUGGAUUCCACUUGCCAAAGGGCACUAUGCUUCUAACAAACCUGACUGCACUACACAGUGACCCCAAAGAGUGGGCCACCCCAGAAACCUUUAAUCCAGAGCACUUUUUGGAGAACGGACAGUUUAAGAAGAAAGAAUCCUUCCUGCCUUUCUCAAUGGGAAAGAGAGCCUGCCUAGGAGAACAAUUGGCCAGGUCUGAGCUGUUCAUUUUCUUCACUGCUCUUUUGCAAAACUUUACCUUCAAGCCCCCAGUCAAUGAGAAGCUGAGCCUGAAGUUCAGAAUGGGCCUCACCCUGUCCCCGGUCAGUCACUGUCUCUGUGCUGUCCCCAGACUGUGAUGCUGGAGAAGGAAGGAGAAAAAGAGUACAGGAAGAAAUGGUGGAUGUUCUGAAGCUUGCGGGCCUCGCUCAUAUGAGAAGAGAGUGAUGUCAGAGAAUGAAGGCAACUCAAGAAAUAGUGAAGGAAUUGGACUUAGAAAACUGAUUCAAGUUUCUAAACUAUUGACCCCUAAUUUGGUGGUGGGAAAAUCAAUUAUGAGCUCAGAGGCAUAUCAUUUUAUCUAAAAAUUGCAGGGGGGAAUGAUGAUUCCUCCUAUAAAGAAAAUGCGCUGAAAACAAAUUGCUGAAUUAAAAAUGCUAAGUGCAUCAUGAGUCGCAUCUCAAGAGUUGCGCCUUCAAUUUGUUUCCACCCUCCUUUCACAGACAUGCAUUUGUUUCUGGCACAUUGAGAUGUUAGUCUAAAGUGGUACAAAAGGACAAGAAGAAUCAGAAUUUACUUUCUGGUUGCAUGCAUAGAAAGAGGCCAUGAAGACUCUCCCAAAUGACAGGUGUGUCUCUAAUUAUGUAGCUCUACCUGAAUUAGGCCUGGAAGUCAGCUCUUUGAGUUUCCUCUAUUGAGACUUGUUUAGAUCUGUACCCCAUUUUUAAAUUAGUUUUUUGGACAUAGACUUUUCUUUAUAUAUUUUGGAUAUGAGAUGAUGAGUUGGUAAGUAUUUCUUUUCCCAUUCUGUAGGCUUCAUUCGGUGCUUUCUCAUUUGGUAAAAUUAUAUUGCUUCCCUAAUACCCACAUAUAUUCAUGGUGUCUCUAAAUGUGGAAGCCAAAUGACAGGAAUCACUUCCUCCACUUGGUAAGAAUAAAUGCAGCUGGACUUCAAAAUCAAGAACCAUUGUGAUAUGUUCCAUUUUUAUUAAUUUUAUCAAUAUUGUAUUAUACAUCAUAUAUCAGUGGUUAAUAUGAGGAGUUUCAGGCCUUACCCUUUCAGAGUAGAUAACCUAUUCUUGAUGGAAUUGGGAAAAAAGGAGAACAAACUCACAAAUAAGGUGACACUAGUGUUCUCAGCUUAAGAAUGAAUGCCCAAAAUAAAAAUUUGAAAACAUGUACAGCUCUAAACACCUCUCCUCACCUUCGUAUCUGCACAGCACAUGAAUGCUGUGGGGAUGGAAUUAUUUCUGAAACUUCCCAGCGGUGAUUUCUGUGUGUUAUGUGACAGGUGCUUCAGCCUUACACAUCCUGUCCCUUGUGUUGUUAAGUUUCAAACUCAGGACAAAUGGCUGAAGAGCCUAUUUACAUUAUCAAAGCAGACCCGGCCUCAAUGUACUUACUCUCAGAACAUCCCUCAGCCCCUACCUGUUACCCUGUCUCAUACCCUCAGCUCUCCAGCCCUGGGUUGCCCUUCCCGCAGAGACCCUUCCUAAAUAAUCAAGACCUUUUGUUUACCCACCACUUUUUUGUAUCUUUGGCCCUUGUUUACCAUGCCACUUGCCUACCUGCUUUCCUGUUUUCUUUCUCCCUUCCCAUCCCCCUCUCCACACAUGGCCCAGUUCAGUCUGGUCAUGUCCAAUCUGAACCCUCACAGAUAUCUGACUAUCCUCUCCCACAUCUGUAAUAAACAUUCUCUUCCACUAUAUCUAGGGGCAGUCCUGUCCUUUUUUCUUCAUUCACCCCCCCACACCCGCACACGCCACACACAAACUCUCUCUUCUGAUAAAAUGCUGCUUAAUGAUGAGACCUACAGCCUAAUGUGUGGUGCACACCUUUAGUUCCAACUCUGGGGAGGCAAAGGCAGGUGGAUCUGUGAGUAUAUGAAUACCUUGCCUGCAUGUAUGUCUGUGCAUUACAUGCCUGCCUGGUGCUCACAGAGGCCAGAAGUGGGCAUUCGAUUUCCUAGACAGGGAGUUACAGAAAGUUGUGAGCAGGUAUGUGGGGGCUAGAACUAGAACCCAGAAGAUCUGGGGAAGCUGCCUUAUCACUCAAGCAUCACUCCAGCUGUGGUCAAUUUUCCUUUUGUCCUCUUUUUAAAUGAUUUUUCUUAUUGACUUAAUGAUGCAAAGAGAAAAACAUGCUCUGCCAAAUCACAUAUUCUGAGACAUCAUCUGGGUCAUCUCAUCCACAUGAAACAAUGGCAGACAGAACUGAUUGACACAGUCUUGAAUCAGAAGGACAGAUUUUAGAAGUAAUUUGACCUGCUCCUUUUAAUAUGGUUGGUAACAACAUAAAACUUAGUGAUAUAAUUCCGCAGAACUAGAAGGAUAUAUAGGCAAAGGGCUGAUAUAAAUGGAAAAAAAUCAUUCAUCUCAGUACUUGGCUUCUGGAUUCUUCUCAAGUUGAAGCACAGCUGGGUGGUAAACAUGGCCACUGAGGAGUCAUUAGUUUCAAACAGGUUUUCUGUUGCUCCCAGAGCUUCUUCAUUGGGCAUUUUUUUAAAAAAAGGAAAUUAGAAAUUUACUUGAUUUUUAUGCAUAAAUCACUGUUCUUUUAAAAUAAAAAUAUAUUUGCUUA